AUUUGUCCUAGGAGAGCACGUAUCCGGGGAGCAAGUGUCCUAGCAGAGCAAGUGACCGGGGAGCAAGUGUCCAGGAAGCAAGUGACCGGGGAGCAACUGUGUGGGAAGCAUGAGUCCGGGAAUCACUAUCUUUUCACUUUUACAUCGCAAAAAAACUUCUCUUAUAGACUUUCUACUUUUGUUUUAAUUUCUUUAAGGUCAUAUUACAGUCUCAAGAUAUGAAUAUUGAUGACUCGAUUAGUGCAACAACUGCGUCAACCAUUAUACCUUCAACAGCAUUAACGGUAGGAAUUGAUCUUCGAACCAUGACUGCUGAUCCUUCUUCACAUACAAGAUUUAUUAGAGAAUUAGUACGACGAUCUGGUCUAGCAACAAAUCCGGAUGCUUUGUUCGAUAAUAAAGCACAAGUGUUAGAAAUUAAAAGCAUGGAACUAGAAUUCCCGAUAAUGCACGAUGCUGAAUUAAUUCAAGCUGAAGCUGGAGCACGGCAACCAAUGAAAAAAACAAAGCUACGACAAGAACAACGUAUAUUAAAUAUUUUAAAUGAUACAUCAACAACAAAUUUAGAAAAAGUAUCAGCAAUAGCUCAAAAUAUUACAUUAAAAUCGUAA